AUGUGGCACAGUAGCGUGAUCAGUUUCUUCCUUCUCACCUCAGUCGUAUCGCAGAAGACACCAGUAGACGAAGGUCUGCUGGCAGAUUUCAAGCGCUAUGCCACGUUUGCCUCAGCAGCAUACAGCUCUAGUUGUGCCCAGCCACCGUUGGGAAGCGUCGUGGAGCAGUACUUCAGCGACAUCACCACCAGCACGCAAGCUACUCUAUUCAGGGACGAUGCUACCGAGGAAUAUAUCAUAUCGUUCCGAGGAACAUCUGAUGUCCAAGAUUUCUUGACGGACUUGGAUCAGGACCUUGUACCUUGCGUCGCACCCGGGAUUGAUUGCUCAGGUUGUACGUGCUCUCAAGGCUAUCUGCGUCAAUACAAUGCCGUUGCCGAAGAAGUCAAGACUGCUAUUGACACCGGUCUCAGCCAGCACCCUAACUAUAGCCUAACAAUCACCGGACAUAGCAUGGGCGGCGCGCUUGCUUCACUCGGGGCAGCUUCACUGCAGGGCCAAGGUUUGAGUGUAACGCCCUACACCUACGGCCAGCCACGCACGGGUGAUCAGGCCUAUGCCGACUACAUAGACUCGACCUUUCCAGACACCAUAUUCCGCGUGACUCACAAGAACGACGGCGUUCCUCAAAUACCAUCGCAGGAUGAUGGGUACCGACACCAUAGCACAGAAUACUGGCAAAGCGAAGACCCACCAACGAUAAAUGACACAUUCCAAUGCCAAGGACAAGAACCCACCGAUUGCAACCAGAGUGAGAUUGGAUUUGGUAUCGGUAAUGAUGGGAGAGGCAUUAAUGCAGCUCAUUUGAGUUAUCUGGGGGUUAGCAUUGGAAAUCCUCUUGACCCAAAUGCAGCUUGCUGA